UCCCUCUAAUUAACUCUUCCCCCCUCUCCCUACUCCAUUUAUUCUUCAGGUCACAUAAAAAAAAACAGAAGAAAACAAACAAUCAAGAAAAAGGCUCUGCUCCACAAGCCCACAUGUAACUGAAUCGCCCCUUUUGAGGUAUCAAAUCAACAGGAAAUCACACACACACACGCAGCAAACUCGCACAAAAAAUGGAGAAACCCAGUAAUGGUUUUGUGCGAGCAGAUCAGAUAGAUUUGAAAAGCCUUGACGAGCAGCUCGAGCGCCACCUGAGCAGGGUUUUGACUCUCGAGAAGGAGAAGAAGAAGAAUCAGGACGAGCUCCUCCCCAGCCCCACCGCCGCCAUCGCGGCCAUCUCCUCCUCCGCCGCCGCCGCAAUCGAGCCCACCGCCGGCGCCGCCGCCCGGAGGCAGAGGCAGGAGUGGGAGAUUGACCCGUCGAAGCUGAUCAUAAAGGGUGUUCUGGCACGUGGCACGUUUGGGACUGUCCACCGUGGCGUCUACGACGGCCAGGAUGUCGCCGUUAAACUGCUCGACUGGGGAGAAGAGGGCCACAGGACAGAAGCCGAAAUAGCUUCCCUAAGAGCAGCAUUUACUCAAGAAGUUGCAGUUUGGCAUAAACUCGAUCAUCCUAAUGUAACUAAGUUCAUAGGCGCUACAAUGGGCUCCUCGGGACUUAACAUUCAAACAGAAAACGGCCAAAUUGGAAUGCCGAGUAACAUCUGUUGUGUUGUUGUGGAGUAUCUUCCUGGAGGUGCACUCAAAUCUUACCUCAUUAAGAACAGGCGAAAGAAGCUUGCUUUCAAAGUAGUCGUACAGAUGGCACUCGAUCUUGCUAGAGGGUUGAGUUACCUUCAUUCUCAGAAGAUUGUCCAUAGAGAUGUGAAGACAGAGAACAUGUUGUUAGACAAAACACGAACGGUUAAAAUAGCUGAUUUUGGGGUUGCUCGUGUGGAGGCCUCGAAUCCAAAUGACAUGACUGGGGAGACUGGAACCCUCGGUUACAUGGCUCCAGAGGUUUUAAAUGGAAACCCGUACAACCGAAAGUGUGACGUGUACAGCUUUGGGAUCUGCUUGUGGGAAAUAUAUUGUUGCGACAUGCCGUAUCCCGACCUUAGUUUCUCCGAGGUGACAUCAGCAGUCGUUCGCCAGAAUUUGAGGCCCGAAAUACCGAGAUGCUGCCCGAGCUCAUUGGCCAACGUUAUGAAAAGAUGUUGGGAUGCGAAUCCGGACAGGAGGCCGGAAAUGGACGAGGUUGUCUCCAUGUUGGAAGCCAUCGACACGUCCAAAGGCGGUGGAAUGAUCCCGGUCGAUCAACAGCAGGGUUGUCUUUGUUUCCUGCUGAUGAUAAUCCAUAUCUGCGUCGUGGGCCGGGCCUUCAGGAGUAAUCCGAGGAGGGACGAGGAAACGGGCCGGUCCGACAGAAUCCCGGGCCUGAAGCCCGACGACUUAGAGAGCCUGCCCAGUAUGGAUUACGGCGGGCCCGGGAUUGGGAGUUCUUUGGAGUGCGCCGUGUGUUUGGAGAGCUUCAAUGCAGGUGAAAAAUGCAGGGUAUUGCCCACGUGUGGGCACGUUUACCACGUGGGUUGCAUAGAUUCUUGGCUUUUGAAGACAGGGGCUUGUCCGAUUUGCAGGACGAGUGCCAAGUCAGAUGAGUUGGAGGUGAGUCGUGGGAGCGCGUCAGGUGAGUCGGGGUUGGAGAUGGUGUAA